GCUCUUCCCAUUAUACGGUUCUAAGAUUGCUAGUAUCCGCUAGCUGUUAAUUUUCCGGUCCGAGAAAAAUAUUUUUUUUGGACCGGGAGCAUAUCGAGUAAUGACGUCGAAGGCAAUGCCGAUAUCGAUCCGUACCAUGUUCGUAACCUUUUUGUCGAUUUUGUUGAUUACUUCCGGUUCUGCACGAGACAACGAUAAGGACGAUGGUGGCAACGACGAAGAUGAUAACACGGGUGAAGAGAUAAAUGUUCCGGGGAGCGGGAACACGAGCGUCACGUACGAUGGACGAUCUUUGAUCGUCGAUGGCAGAAGGGCGCUCGUUUUUUCGGGCGCCAUUCAUUACCCUCGCAGUCCCCCGGAGUACUGGGAGGAUCUCAUUGUAAAGUCUAAACGUGGAGGCCUCAACGCGAUCGAGACGUACGUGUUCUGGAACUGCCAUGAGCCGGAGCAGGGGAAGUACAAUUUCGAAGGAGAGUAUGACUUGGUGAAGUUCAUUAAGCUGAUCGCCAAGCAGAAGAUGUCGGCGAUCGUGAGGCUCGGUCCAUUUGUGCAGGCUGAAUGGAACAAUGGAGGAUUGCCUUAUUGGCUAAGAGACGUUCCAAACAUUGUAUUCCGUUCAGAUAAUGAGCCAUUCAAGCACCACAUGAAGAAGUUCGUUACCAUGAUCGUCGACAAGCUGAAGGCGGAGAAGUUGUUUGCUUCUCAAGGAGGACCUAUCAUUGUAGCUCAGAUCGAGAACGAAUACAACACUAUUCAACUAGCAUUUAGACAAAAAGGAGACAGUUAUGUUCAAUGGGCUGCGAAGAUGGCCCUCGACUUGAAUAUCGGUGUCCCGUGGAUCAUGUGCAAGCAGAAGGAUGCUCCAGAUCCAGUUAUCAAUUCCUGCAAUGGCAGACACUGUGGAGAUACUUUCACGGGUCCAAACAAACCCAACAAGCCUUACCUGUGGACCGAGAACUGGACUGCACAGUACCGAGUAUUCGGAGAUCCACCAUCUCAACGAUCUGCUGAAGAUUUGGCAUUCUCUGUCGUUCGGUGGUUCUCUAAGAACGGAACUUUGGUCAACUAUUAUAUGUACUAUGGUGGCACAAACUAUGGCAGAAUGAGCGCUGCCUUCGUGUCAACUCGUUACUACGACGAAGCCCCUCUUGAUGAAUUCGGCUUAAUAAGAGAACCGAAAUAUGGUCAUCUCAAGGACGCUCAUAGGGCCAUAAAGUUGUGCAGGAGGGGUCUGUUUUAUGGGUCUCCUACUGUUGUAAUGUUAGGCCCCGAGGUAGAGGCUCGAAUCUGGGAGCAACCGGGAACAUCGAACUGUGCAGCUUUCUUAGCCAACAAUGCAAUCGCUAAACCGGCUACGGUCAGUUUCAGGGGAGGGAAAUAUUAUCUGCCACCUAAAUCCAUCGGUGUCCUUCCUGACUGCAAGACCAUGGUUUUCAACACACAUUUGAUAACAACACAACACAACACGAGAAAUAUAUUGAGAUCAAAAGUUGCUAACAACAUUGAGUGGAGGAUGUACAAGGAAGCCCUUCCGAGCCGAUUCGAACAUAAGGAAGACCAUCCAUUGGAGCUCUUUCACUUGACCAAAGAUACAACAGACUACGUUUGGUACUCGACCAGUGUUGAUUUGAGUGAAAACGACUUACCCUUUAAAAAGGGAAUCCGACCGGUCGUUCGGGUCGCAAGCGAGGGCCACGGUCUCCUCCUCUUUGUGAAUGGUGAAUACGUGGGUUCUGGACACGGUAGCAAAAUCGAGAAGAACUUUGUGUAUCAGAAAGAUGCAAAGUUUGAGACUGGGAAAAACACUAUUCAUAUAUUAGCUUACACAGUGGGACUUCAGGACAGCGGUGCCUACAUGGAGCGUAGGUAUGCCGGACCACGUUCGAUCACUAUACUCGGCUUGAACACCGGUACAGUCGAUAUAACAACGAUUGGCUGGGAGCAUAAGGUGGCACUCGAAGGAGAAAAGAAGCAAAUAUACACCGACAAAGGCGCACAAUCGGUACAGUGGGCAACUCCUACCGAUGACAUAAGCCCUCUAACAUGGUACCAGGGAUAUUUUGAUGCACCUGAAGGAACCAACCCAGUAGCCAUUAGACUGACUGGUAUGAGCAAAGGCAUGGUGUGGAUCAAUGGAAAAAGCAUUGGCCGAUAUUGGAUGUCUUACUUGUCCGUUCUUAAAGAGCCAACUCAAUCCGAGUACCAUAUCCCGAGAACGUUCUUGAAGCCAUCAAAGAACCUAAUCGUCAUAUUCGAGGAAGACGGAGGCAACCCUAAGGACGUCGAGAUCGUACUUAUCGAUAGGGACACCGUCUGCAGUUCUGUAACCGAAAACCAUCCGCCUUCGCCGAGGUUAUACGAGAUCAAAAACGGUAACCUACGGGCAAAAACGGAUGACUUGGAGCCCAAAGCAGACAUAAAGUGUCCGAACGAGAAGAAGAUCGUCGCCGUCGAGUUCGCCAGCUUUGGGGAUCCAUUCGGGUCAUGUGGGAGCUACUCUAUCGGGAAUUGUACGUCUCCGAAUUCCAAGCAAGUCGUGGAGAAGUUGUGCUUGGGAAAACGGAGUUGCCGGAUUCCGGUGGACAAAGAGCAGUUCGACGAUCAAAACGGUGCCUGUCCCGAUUCGAAGAAGAAAUUGGCCGUCCAAGUCAAGUGUGGUUAGUUUGAGUUCAACGAUUUUCAGGAACAUUAACAUUUGGAAUGGGAUGAUUGAGUUCUUCCUUCCCUUGCUCGAUAUGUUUUUAUUCUUUCAAAAUCACUUUUAGCUGAUUAUAUGUGUGUAAAUGUAACCAUAUAAUCAAUUUCAAUCAAAAUGAUAAAGCUAAGACAUUUUUUUAGA